AUGCCCUCGUCAACCGACGCACGCAACGCCAACAUCGCACUCAACCUCGAGGGAAAGACCGCAGUCGUCGCAGGUGGAACCCAGGGAAUCGGCGCAGCUAUCGGACUCCGUUUCGCCCAAGCAGGCGCAAACGUCUUCAUCAUCGGGAGGAACGAGAAACUCGGACAGGAUGUCGUCAACAGGCUGCGCGAACAGGCGGGCGAUCGCAGGUCGUUCGAGUUUAUCAAGGCGGACCUGUCCUCGGUGAAGGAGAUCAAGCGCGUUGCGGACGAGGUCAAGCGCAAGACGGGCAGGAACGGACUCGACUACCUCGUCACAACGCAGGGCGGCCCCCCAAACGGCUCGACGUCUCUCACCUCCACAACUCCCGCCCACGACACGCACUUUGCGAUCCAAACCCUCUCCCGCUUCGGACUCGCCUACCUCCUCGCCUCCUCCGGCACGCUCAAAGACACCUGGAUCUCUGUCUGCGCUCCCGCAGGCGAGAAAGGGCCGGAACCGGACGUCGAGGACAUCGAAUUGCUUGGCGACGACUAUCGGAAGAAGUGGACUGUGCAGAGGAUCUUGGGACAGGCGAAACAGGAUUCGGCGUUGAAUGAUGCCGCCGCCGUGCAAUUCACUCGCCAUUUUCCGCAACUGCGUGCGGUCCACCUCUUCCCCGGCUUCGUCUAUACCAACGCCCUCGCUUCGACGGGGAUGGUCCCCUCCCCUCUCCUCUGGGCCUACUCCCUCGUCGGCCCGCUCGCAGCCCGCCUCCUCCCCUUCGGCAACCUCCCCCAAACCUACGCCGAAAUCCCCGUCUACGUCGGUGCGAAUCCGCUGGCGAGGGGCAAGGGGUUGGAGGCGUCGAACGAGAGGUUGAAGAGUUUGGGAUGGCCGAAAUGGGCCGAGGGAGAGGUGGGAAGCAGGGUUUGGGAGAGGCUGAGGGAGAUCAUCGAGAAGGAGUGA